AGUACUGUACAAUUCUAGAGUAGAGUAGUCGAAUCAGUGGAAGAGAAUGUGCGUGAGAUAUUCGCAUGUGCUUCUUUACUACUGAUAUUGACUGCGAUUAUUGGCGUGAGUUGAUCGGGUUAUUUGGUUUAAUAAGGAAUAAAAGCACCCGUGAUGACGAUGAAUUUAUUUGACACGAAAUGUGUAGACGGAUUCUUAUACAAAACAAGCUGAGAAUAACAAUUAACAUCCUGAUGAGCUUUCUAACUCUUAAUUGUUGACAUGGUUUUCGCUUAUAUCGGUUUAUUUUGUAGUCUUAUAUGAAUAUAACAAUACAUUAUAUUGGAAAGGAUGUGUCAUAACAACGACAUUUUAUUAUCAUCGUAUUCAGAUCUGUUUUUGUCUCUGGAUAUUCAAAGAGUUUUACUUGUAUAAGGAUAUUGACUACAUAAACUUUUUACAGCAUUUCUCAUCAUGGGAGCUGGACAUUCUGCUCGUCGGGACUCAUUUGAUGUCAACGGGGAAGUAAACUUUGAUCAUUUUCAAAUUCUACGAGCCAUUGGUAAAGGCAGUUUUGGCAAGGUGUGUAUAGUACAGAAGAAAGACACUAAGAAAAUGUUCGCCAUGAAGUACAUGAAUAAACAAAUGUGUGUGAAAAAAGACGCCAUUCAUAACGUUAUGAGGGAGGUGGAGAUAAUGAAAACCCUGGAUCACCCGUUUCUCGUCAAUCUGUGGUUCACGUUCCAGGACGAGGAAGACAUGUUUGUUGUGGUUGAUUUGUUGCUCGGCGGAGACCUAAGAUACCACAUGCAGCAAGAUAUACUGUUCUCGGAAGAGCAGGUUAGACUGUAUAUAUGUGAGAUAGGAAUGGCUUUAGGUUAUUUACAGAAGAAAAAUAUCGUUCAUAGGGAUAUAAAACCUGACAAUAUUCUACUGGACGAAGGAGGCCAUGUACAUAUAACCGAUUUUAACAUAGCCACAGUACUGCAUACAGGCGAGAUGGCAACUUCAAUGUCCGGUACCAAGCCUUAUAUGGCACCUGAAGUGUUUUCCUGUGCGUCUAAUGAGUGCCUAGGAUAUAGUUUUCCUGUAGAUUGGUGGUCACUGGGUGUUACAGCCUAUGAAUUAUUGAAAUCAAGGAGACCAUAUGAGAUCCACUCGGCCACACAUUUACAUGAAAUAAAAAUACUGUUCAGUUCUACCAAACCUCACUUCUCUUCCUCACUGGAUGAAAACCUACGUGACCUAUUAAAACAGCUUUUAGAAGUGGAUCCAGAUAACAGAAUUUCUUCCCUUGCUCAUCUUAAACAGCAUCCGUUAAUGGCAGAUAUGGACUUUGAAAAGAUAUAUAAUAAAGAAAUAAAACCAGCAUUUGUGCCUUCAAAAGAUCACUUGAAUUGUGAUCCAACAUAUGAACUAGAAGAAAUGAUCAUUGAGACGAAACCUCUUCAUAAGAAAAAGAAACGUUUAGCCAAACAGAACUCCAGACGAAGUGGAGAAUUAAUGUCCCAAUCAUCCGAGGAGAUGGAUGAAACCCAGAAACAUCUAAUGAAGUUAAAUGAUGAUUUUGAAGCCUAUAAUAGAGAACGGUGCCAUUCUGAGACUGAGAAUACAAAGCUGGAGAAUGUAGAACAUGAUGAUGUCGUAGCAUCGUGAAAAUAGACAUUUAUUUUGGAAGAGUGAUCAAAUUUAUUGUGUGAUUUCGCUAAUAUGGCCUUUAAAAAUAUAAUAUAUAAUACGUAUAAACUAUAUGUGUAUUUUGAAUUAAAUGAAAACGGGCUUGCUUCGAAUGGACGUCGUCAUAACGCAAACACGAAGGUCUUUGAACGUACAUAUAUCUCACAUCAAUUGCAAAGGUUUCUGUGUUUGGGUGAGAAAUUAGUAUAUUAUUUAUAUGGACAGAACGUGCAUCUUGUAGAUCUGUUAUUUUGAAGGGACCGCAGCUUGGAUCCUUGUGUUAUCUCAAGAUGUUGUCUUAACAACAUGGCUGAACAAAGGAAAUUCAUGGCCUCAUUUUUGUAAAAGCGUGAGAAAUAUCUCAAGCUUUCUGGUGUCCACUAGAAGAAAUGAAAUGGGGUUCAUCGUCCUACUGGUCGACUGAUAGACUAUACAACUAACUUGAUCUAAUAUAAUUUUCCUAGUUAAUUGUGAUUCAACAAACAUCAGGUGUCCUUCGGUUCUAUUGGAUGAUAUCAAGCGACUUUUCAGUGUUACCAAGGAAACAGAUAGCUUAUAUCAGAUAAAACAUUAGAACCACCUAAUUAUCCAAAUGUAAUCACUGUUAUUACAUCGGACAAAAUGUGGAUACCAGAUGAUGCAUUGUAAAGAAUGUAUUACUAUUUGUGUGCAGACCCAUUUAUUUGUAAAAAUGAAUUUAUUGGUUUUCUUGUACUAAGUAAACCAUAAUAAAGGCCUUUGAGUCUAUAACCUUACAAUCCAGUCCUUAGGGCAUAAUGAUAAGAGAAUAGUAUUAAAAAUAAAGCAUUAAUAGCAUUGCAUUUGGCAUCGAGAAGCUGAUAUUGGUUGGCCCCGGUAUCGGGACUUCUAGUUCACCCGUCCUUCUUUCUGACCGUUAACUAUUCUAGUAACAUCUUCACACAUAAAAUAUUUUUUAGAUUUGUUUUCGAAUUUGUUGGGAUUGUUCGGCUUGUCGACAUUCAGUCGCACUUUAAAAUUUUAUGAGGAGUUAUUACCCCUGUCACCGAAACCUUGUUAACACACGUCGGGUCAGAGUUUUGUAAGUUGUAUUUUCAAACAUGCUGAGACUGUUCGACAAGCUAAAAGUAUGAACAAUUUGGUAUCGCGCAUCAAUUGUGUACGGGGGUAUUGCCCUUGUCACCAAAACCUUGUGAACGGUUUACAGGUAAAUAUUUGUUCUGAUUGUUUGACUAUACGCAGUCAUAAGGGGGGGGGGGGGGUGAUCAAAAUUUGAAACAGCGCAUCAAAUAUUUCCUUUAUUACUGAAACCAAUUCGAAACAACUCUACACAGCCUUUUAAAGACUUUAAAAUUUGGUAGGCUUAUUCGAAAUUCACUCGUGUUCGCCUACAUUCACAAAAAUAGCUGGUGCGCGUGUAGUCGUUGCUUGGCAACACUAUGUUUAAAUAAAAUAAGACUAUGACGCAAAGGUGCCAUUUCUUGCAUGACUUGUACAAAAGUUUAAAAUAUGUUUUCUUAAUUUAAAAUAAAUAUUUUUAAUUUGUAAAUGAAUAAAUUUAUUGUGUAUAGGUGUAUAUAAAUUUGGUGUUAUUAUUAUUAUUAUUAUUAUUAUUAAUAUUAUUAUUAUUAUAUUGCAAAAUAAUCUAGUCCAUUUCAAAUGACAAUUUCCAACCUCGUGGGUUUUCUCCGGGUCUUCCGGUUUCCUCCCACUGCUAAAGACCCCUACGCGCAAGCGAAUUAUAGAAAUAAAAUUGAACCAUAUGUUAGUCAGUCUCUCUCUCUCUCUCUCUCAAAUGACAAUUCGUGAUAUAGAGGCGGGAUCUGACGGUGUAUGUGUGUGUGGUGGUGGUGGUUUACCAUAGAAAUGAUAUUCGAUAGUUUGAUCUAAUCUAUUAAAACAUGAUAUUAAAGAGUUUGAUCUUAAUUAUUAAAUCAUGAUGUUAAGCAGUUUGAUCUUAAUUAUUAAAUCAUGAUAUUAAACAGUUUGAUCUGAACUAUUAAAUCAUGAUAUUAAACAGUCCCAAAUUAUUAAAUCAUGAUAUUAAACAGUUUGAUCUGAACUAGUAAAUUAUGAUAUUAAAGAGUCCCAAAUUAUUAAAUCAUGAUAUUAAACAGUCCCAAAUUAUUAAAUCAUGAUAUUAAACAGAUCCAAAUUACUAAAUCCUGAUUAUAUAGCUUGAUCUAAACUAUUAAAACACGUAAGAGCUAAAUCGUCCUAAUACAGAUCUUUCGUUUGGCCUCAAUUGUUAUAUAAAUUACUAAUUAGAUAUUUAUUCACAUGCCAAGUCCGUAAUCAACUCUCUAGACUAUCGGGUGUUUUUUAAUAUUAACGAAUUUAAACACCAUUGGCGGUUAACAAUUUAAUUUAAAAAAUGGAUAAUCGAGACUUUGUUUAUUAUCGUAACAACAGUAGCAAUGACAAUCGAGACUACACUGUUCUUCAGACGGUCAUAACUCCACUCAGAAUGAGAUAAUUUGACUAAAUUUUUUAACAUAUUCCCUUUUCAGUAUCUGUUUAUAGUAACUAUUAUAGCGAGUACUGUCGGCUCUUUAUCUAAUCCUACAUUAUGCAUCUUUAAAUAGUCUAAAUUCGACCUUCACCUAAAAGCUUGUGAACGUGAUAUAGGCUACAAUCUGUUUUUGGAGAACAAGCUGCUGUGUAGGGAUAUUCGUAUAUCGUUAUACAUUUAUAAAAAGAAAACACCUGAUCGUCUAUCAACUUAUUGUAUCUUACGAACCUUCACAUUUGUUCAAAUACAACGUUUGAAAACACUACGUCUUCAAUUGGUUGGCUCCCAAAUUAACGGUAUUAUAGAGAUAUCAUUCUUCAAGGAUAGUGUAAAUACCUGAGUUUAGAUAGUUAACGGAGCUAAACCUCUAACUUAAACAUACAUUAUAAAAGAGUUAAAUCUGCAUAUUGCAGGUCUUUUUUUUGGACCUGAAAUGUUAUCUAAAUUCUUAAUUAGAGAUUAACUAACUUAUCCAGACCAUAAUCAACUCUCGAUGUCAUCGCUAGCCUGCGAUGUUUAUUGGAUUAGGUUCCGAUUUGCUGUUCUACUUCCAUUCAAGAUUUAAUCAUGAAAUGGAUAAUCAAGACUAUGUUUUUAUCGUACCGACUUUCGUAAUGAUGAUCGAGGCUAGGCCGAAAAUUCAAUCGCUAAAAUCUCGGUGGAGAGUGGAUCAAUUUGACUGAAAUUUUCAGCAAAUUCCCUUUACAUUAUCUAGUUUUUAACUAUUUUAUAGUGAGAACUGCCAGCUCUUUAUCUAAUCUCCCAUAAUGUAUCUUUAAUAUAUUAUCCAUAAUAUUCGAAAUUAAAAACACAAACUAGGACUCCGUUUUGGUUCAUUUCAAUCGCUAUUGAUGUUGUUAUGUUGCCGUGAAAUUGUGGGAUCCUAAUAUCCAAUGAACAGUUUAAAAUAAUGGUUGAUUCGCAAAUGAUAAAAUAAUAAUGAAAAAACGUUAAGAAUGGGCUAAUUAGACGUAAACGAUUGUCAUUCAAUUUGGAAUGUUCGCGUAUUUCACCAAAUAUAAUUGAUUAAAAAUUAUAAUAAAUGUUUUAAAAAUGGAAUAUAAAUCACAUGUGCUUUUAGACCCAUUUAAAAUUCGAAAUUAAUAUGCAUCUUCAAUGAUUAAAAGCUGAUUAAUGACCACAAAGUUUUCCGGUUUGCAUUUACAUAGGCUUAUUGUUGCUUUAACAAAAUGGACGAUUACGGGUCUUGUCUGUUAACCCUGUUUGAAUGCUUAUUCAUCAAAAACGGAAACGGUAGCUCUUGCGCAGUUGUGCUUAUCCUUGCACGAUAUUAACUGUAAUAUUUAUUGCCAAUAAAAUAUGAUAGAUUAUGGUGUAAUUAAAAUUUAUGGAUUGGAAUAGAAUAUUACUUCAUGAUGUUUAUUUCUGAAUGGUUGGUUUUAUUUAAAUUAAAAAUAUUAAUGGCUGUAUUUCUAUAUAAUCUGUAUAUAUUAUGAGAUAUUUAUGAUAUAUAUCAUUGUUUCAAUAAAUAUGUCAUUGCUACAAUAAAAAUAUUUAAACUUG